GUUUUAUUUCGGAUGUUUUUUUCAGUUGCAAAACAGAUUACGGCCCAGGUUGCAACACAAAGGGCUGCCAAUGCACCACUUCCUACAGCCAUCCAGGGGUGAAAGGGGCGCAGGACGGGGUCCACUCCAGGGUACUUGAGCGCAGGUGCGACGUGCAUAACAGUCAGGCCAUAAAGGGGAGGAGGGAGGCAGGAGAAGGUGGAGGUGGGGGCGCGCACAUACCUGUUCUUGUCAACCUGCAGUUAGUCUAAUGCGUAAGUGGUGAAAAUGUAGCGAGAUGCAUGCGUUAACAGCUUCAUUUGCACCUCGUCGGACAGCCUGGAGAUUCCAGUUCAGACGCGAUGAACGUUUAAAGCUGCGUGUGGGAAGAGCCCGCGCUGCAGCACGGCUGACAUGGAGACUCACAAGUCAGCGAUGAGCUUUUCUGGCCGGUGAAAGCAUCAACAAUUACACAAGCAACGCGAAGAAAUGAAAACGUAGAAAACUGUAGAGUCCACCGUCAACAAGUGGAUGAAUCGCUGUCAUUUAAGUCAUCUUACUCGUUUUUUUUUUUAAUAAUUUGCAUCAAGUAGAAAUUCACAUUGAGCUGCAGAGUAGAGUAACCAGGAAUCAGUAAAAUAUUCAGAAUUCAGUCGUUCGGCCUUGGGUGACACAUGCAGUAAAAGUUAAAACAGCCCAGCGUGCCCCCACGUUUCGCACAUGUUUCACACGGACGCUCUCGGAGUUCCCUCCGCGCAGAGGAGGUGCAGGGUGGUGGAUUAAGGACAAUACUGUCAAAGUAUAUCUGGUGUUACAACUGGUGGACUGUAUGACUGCACGAGCAGUCCCAUCACUGAUUACAUUGUAAAUGAGGACGGUGUAGGCUUACGAUGCCAAGACUGACCUCAGGGCCAACCUCUGCUGCUGACAUCACUGCCGCUCACGGCUCGUCGCCUCCGCUUGGAGUCCCAUCAAGGUCUGAGUCUCCCGCUGUGACCGAAGGCGAUGCCUCAUCACCAUUCAUUCUCAGACAGGCACUCAGGACAAACACACACUCGCUCCGCUCCCCUGGACAACUUUUUUAAAUUAUUUUUUAUUUUUUUGCAACGUAUUAAAGCGUGAUGAUGACAGAAGAAAGCAGGGGUAAACGAAGGAAGCAAGCCAACCCCAGGAGAAAUCGAGUGGAUGCGGAGCAAGUGAGUUCACUGGGGUCUGAGGGGGAGGAUGAGGUUGGCCUGUGGAGCCUGGAGCCCCAGGACUGGCAGGAGAGCACGGACAAGACAAGCCUGACGCCCAGCGAAGGGACAGAGGAUCCUGGCAGCCCUGCCCGCUCCACACGGCCACACAGCCUCAGCCCCGGAAGCAGGAACUACUGGGGGCAGGUGGAGCAGGAGGCCGAGGCCGGGGACGACACCACCACAGCAUCUGCCACUGACAGAGAGGGAGACCGGGAACCUCAGAACAUGUACUGCAAGAGCUCAGAUUCCCAGAAUGCCUUGGAGGACCACUAUGAAUUUCUGGCCCACUUGAGGAAGUCCUCUACCUCAACCAGUCUCCUGGACCAUCUGAACCACAAUGGCACGGCAGCUGUGUACCACUUGGGCAGCAGGCACGAUGAGCUGCCACCUGCCAUCUGGUCACCAGGAGCUCAGCACCACUCACCUGAGGGAGCAGAUGCAGGAAGGACCCAGCAGGCCUGUCCAUUCUGCCACAGGAUGUAUCAGCGAGGAGCUUCUUUUAGGGACCACAUCAAGUACUGCCAGGAGAGGGAGGGGGGCCACAUGGCUGCCUGUGGAUACACUGCCACCCUUAGGGCACAAAUGGAGCGGCAACUGGCACUUCACAACCAAAUGCAGGACAAGACUGCCAUCACUUUGGAUCAAGCUAUGGAGACCAGGAAGUUCAAAUGUCUGCAGUGUGGGAAAGCAUUCAAGUACAAACACCACCUCAAAGAGCAUCUUCGCAUCCAUAGCGGUGAGAAACCUUACGAGUGUUCCAACUGCAAAAAGCGUUUCUCUCACUCUGGCUCCUACAGCUCACACUUAAGCAGCAAAAAGUGCCUGAGUGGUGGAGGAAACGCAGGAGGAAACACAGGAGGAGCCAAUGUUGCGUUUAAUGGACAUAGCCAAAGCUCCUACCACCACUUACUUCCAACAUCUCCCUCUGCAGGCGGGGGGAGAAACAGUAAUGACAAGAGCCCUCUGACGGCUUCAAAGACCCAAGAUAAUGCCAGGACUCUGGGCCAAGCACCAGAGGAUCCUAACCAGCUUUCACUGCAGAACCCCAACCACAACCCCACAGGCUUGCUCAGAGCUUCGGAGCUGGCUCGGCUUUGGGACCCAUCGGCAGAACUCUCUCUGAGGGCCGGUGUACUGAAAGGGACCACCCUUCUGCCUUAUCUGCCCUCUGGGACCAAGUUUGAGCAGAUGAUGCAUGAGUUGCUUCGUAGGGAGGUGAAGAAAGAUGAAGACAUGGACAGAGAAGAAGGAACAGGAGCUGUAAUGGAGGAAAGAAGAUUGAUUUACAAUGGAGUUGGGGUUGACAGGAAGGUGUCUCCUGACAGGAGAAGAGAGGCAGUGGGGUCAGGUGAAGGAGAGAGGGGUGUGAUUGGGGUGACGUGUCGCUGGUGUUCCCAGCUUUUUCCCAAUGUGGCAGUGCUCCUGCAGCACGAGCGCUACCUCUGUAAGAUGAACCGAGAGGCACUGGAGGUGCCAGAGGGUCUUCACAGCAAAGACCACCCCUCAUCACCUUUAUUCCACCCCAGAUCUUCUCUCCAACAAGAAAACAGUAAACUGAGUGAAGUAACCAAUGGCAUCUCUGGAAGCAAAUCACCUUUACAGAAGCCCAGUUGGCACUCUGUGCCACAACAGCUUUUUGUCGGAAUGCACUCUCCCCCACAGCCCCAACAUGAUGCCAUGCCCUCUCAAGUGUACUGGUCGAGCCAGGAAAAGGGAAGCCCAAGCCAGCCAAUCAACCGCUCACCAGAGCUGUCAUCACCUCGAGCCAGAAGGAAACCUCCCUCCUCAGGAUUCGGUUCUCCAGUCUGUCUCAACCUCACUGGCUGUCCUCCUGAUCUGUCCUCCCCUCAGAACCAGACCGGAAGCCCCUGGUCUCAGAGUGAACCUCUGGAUCUAUCCUUGCCCAAACAGCUCUCAGAUCGAGAGGAGAGAAGCAAAACCGUAAAUGGCAGCUCAGCUAGAGCAGAGAGGAGAGAGCUUGAGUGUAGGAGGCCAAGUCCAACUUCACAUCUGUCACUUCACCACCAUCCAGUCUACCGCGGAGCAGGAGCCCCUGUGUUUCCAGGUUCCUUAUACAAUGGAUUUCCUAUGUUCAACCAGUCUGGUUUAGGGCUUUCAGGGCAUGAUGGCAUCGCAGCGAUUUCAUUCAGCCAGCAGGCUAACAGCCCUGGGUUUCUCUCUCCUAUGGCUUUCAUGAUGGAGGCAGAUGCAGAGGCAGCGCUGAAAAAGAUCCACCAGGAGAGACAAGCUCUCAUGGGUGAGGUGUUAAGCCGUGGAGCUCUGGACUACCUCUCUCUCAUGGAUGAAGGACUGGAUGGAGAAGGAGGGCCAGUGAGGAAGAGACUGAAGAAGACAGAUGAGGGGCUAUACGCUUGCGACAUCUGUGAAAAAACCUUUCAGAAGAGCAGCUCUCUGCUGCGACACAAAUACGAGCAUACAGGCAAGCGUCCUCAUGAGUGCAAAAUCUGUAACAAGGCCUUCAAGCAUAAGCACCAUCUGAUUGAGCACAGCCGGCUUCACUCUGGAGAGAAACCCUACCAAUGUGACAAGUGUGGCAAACGUUUCUCUCACUCUGGCUCAUAUUCUCAGCACAUGAACCACCGCUAUGCUUACUGCAGCAAAGAUCAGGAUCCAGAUCAAGACCAUGAGGAGAUGCCUCUCACCUCGGGAGUAGGCAACAAUCUUGGGGUUCGCCUUGCUGACGAGACCCCUCUGUCCAUAGAGGAUACCCAAACUCCACACUCCUUCCUCAGCGAUUCCAGUCUGGAUGGAACUGCAGAGGCCCUCAAGGAGGAGGAGGAAGAGGAAGGCAAAGAGGCAGCAGUGAGUGAGGCACAUGUGAGUUUGUCGGGGGCAGCAGACGAGCUGGGAGGUAGCCCCAUCCAAGAAUCCCCUUCAGCAGAGAAUGGAGUACAAAAUGAGAGAAACAGUUAUGAUGAAGGAAACCAUAUUGACAAUGGAGAGAGACAAUUCUGGGACAGAGACACUGAGGACCAGAACGGAAACUUGGACAAAUGUGAACUAAGCGGGGAUAUAACAGAUUUACCCAGAAUAAAAACUUAAAGUGACCUAAGCAAGCUAAUACAACGCAUACAGUAUAAAGAUUUUUGAUAUAUUUUACUCAUUUUACAACAUGAAAAAAUGCACAGAAAUACCAAAGUAUAGAUUGCCUUAAAGUGGAUGAAGCCAUACAAACAAAAUAUAUGUUGCAAUACAAAGUGUAGUGUUUUAUCUUGCAACAUAGACUUGAUGUACCUGCAGUGUUUGUUUGUUUUGUUCUUGUAAUCAUUUUUGUUUAUCAGUACAGUUGAAACGUAAUUCGUCUGAGGUCAUGUUUCCCAUCCAGAUGUGACAUUUCAGAAAUCUCUCUUAUUAAUAUACAGUAUGCUUGCUGUGGCUGAAAGUUGCACAACCCAUAAAGCAGAGGCGUUUGUAUUUUUACACCCAGGAAGCGAUUGAUUUUCCUUGGAACGUUUUCACACCAGUGAGUGGGUUAAGAAAGUAGGCCUCAGACUGUCUGUAGGAUCAUUUGCCUUAGAUCAUCAUUGUUUCAAUAUGCCACAUUUAGAGGAUAAUAUGACAGAUGCAGGUAGAAUUGCCUGAUGCUCAGUUAGUGUAUUUAUUCCUCCUGGUAAGUGCAAGUUUCAUUCAUUUCUCUCCAUGUAUAUGUGGUAUUAUUUGACACAAAUUUUUACCUCUUUUUUUUUUUUUUUAAGAAAUGAACAAUAGCCUGUAAUAAGUUUUAAAUGAAAUUAUACACUUGCAGCUAUUACUUUGUCCCAAAGCCAGUGAGGGCUACAUGUAUAAGUAUUUGAACUUUUAUCAUUCAUGCUGUGAAAUCACAAGUUACAACCAGCUCAUCUCUUCAGGUUAACUAUGGUGCUCAGUGGCUUUAACUAAUCAGCAAUCUAUUUAGUAGUUUAGAGCAAGCAGCAAAAAGAGGAAGAACUGGAAGGUGGUUUAUUUAUUUGAAAGCAGUGGACUGCACCUUUUUACAGUAAACUGUAUGCCUUGUUCGGGGACAGCCAUUUUUACAGUUCUCUAAGGGUUGCUAAAAGAGGUCAGUUCCGUUUUUUUUUUUGUUUUUUUUUUUUUUUUUAUUUUGCCUUUGAGGGAGCAAAUAAAAAUGGCACCGUCUCACUGUUUGUGUUAUAAUCAUGCAAAGCUGUUUAUUUUUCAUUUAUUGCUAAAACAUCUACAUCUAUUUCUCAAAAUAAUUUACACAUGCUACAGUCUAUUUUCACAUCCCCCAAAAAAUAAUGUAUCGCACAUUUGGGCUGUCUGUGCUAAGGUGUGGCAAGAGGGUCAAGACUCAGGACACAUACACCAGCUUUUAACUUCCUCUUUCUGACUGCAGUGUAGUCAACGUGAAAAGUGCCUCAGAUGUACUCAGACACUGUGAGUAAUCCGACAAAGCCUUGGUACGGCAAGAUAAGACGGUGGUGCAUGAGGUGUGACUAAGCUUGUAGCGCUCAUGCAUACAUUUUGCCAAAGACACUUCUUGGUCAUAGUGUGCGUGUGUGUGUGUGUGUGUGUGUGUGAUUAUCACCAAAGAUAUGCAUAUGUGACACGCCAACUGCCGCUCUACUCUUGCAUACUUCCUUACCUGUUGUUUCUGGGUCGAAAAUAGUCCAAAAAAUAGGUUACUUUCUCUCUGUGUCUGCACACUUUUUUUUAUACCCAGCAGUGUUCUUUUUAUAUCUUUUACCAGCACCCAUGCAAUAAUUAUAUCAACUUUUAUAUAUAUUUUUUGCAUGUUUGUGGAUAUUUGUAAUAAAAUUGUACAUACUUUUUCA